CCACUCUCACCUAGUCGGCUACAAGUAUUGGCCAAUUACGCGGCCUUUACGUACAGCGAAUACCUUCGGUAAAAUUGGCGCGUGAUAUUUUUUUCCUCACUCGCCCUCGCCAGACCCACGCUUGGCCAUUCAAUGUAGAACGCGUGCUGUUCGUGUCGGAGCGACGGAUGCCGUCGAGAGGAUAGUCUAUUCCCAGCGGCUGCAUCGAGGUUUGAGGUGUGAGUGCGUCCACUCGACGUGUUUGUGUCCGGCAUUCUAUUGCAUAGUGCCACUGCCACUCAUUGUGUCACAUUGUGUGACAACGGUUUCACUUUGUUUGACACUGUGUCCUCAUUGUGGGACACGCUCGUUCCGAACAGCGUCCGCUGACCUGCACCGCCUCAUCGGAAGUGGCAGUGCACUUCAUUCUACCACAACCAACGGUACUGUGAGAAGCUGAGAACCGAGAAAUGUCUUUGUUGUGCCUGCAGAAUAUGAAGAACUCGACCAUUUGCCCAAUAAGAACGCCGUGGGUGCUCUUCUUGGUUUUAUUAUUUCUGCUAUGGAACUUCUGGAACUUCCUGACGCCGCUACAUGAGAUAUCACUGGUAGUCGGCUCAGUGUGGGUUGCCGUUAAGCUGUCCUACACUCUAUCCCGGUACCUCUCGAGGUGCGCCUUCGUAACGGAAGUGCAAGGAGAUGGAAAAGCGGUGCUCAUUACAGGAUGCGACACCGGCUUCGGCCACCGGCUAGCGAAGCGGCUGUCUGACAAGGACUUUUUGGUGUUCGCCGGUUGUCUCAACUCGAACAGCGACGGGGCCAAUGAGCUGAAACACCGGAAAAACAUCAUUGUCUUGCAAAUGGACGUCACGAAGCAAGAGCAAGUGCAUGAUGCCUUCGUCGCCGUUAAGGAAAAGCUGGGUGCCAGAGUACUUUGGUCAGUGGUGGCGAACGCUGGAAUUGGGAGCAGCGGACUUUUAGAGUGGACGACAAUGGAAACAAUAACCAAAAUGUUUGACGUCAACCUCUUCGGUGUCCUUCGUGUUAUCAAACGAUUCCUGCCACUCCUGAGGAAGAGUCAAGGCAGAGUCGUCACUGUAGCCAGUCCCCUGGGCCGCCUCACACUGCCCAUGGUAGCGCCGUACUGCAUGACGAAGGCCGCCGUCAUCUCCAUGAUGGAUGCAUUUCGACGGGAGUGUCAGGGCAAGGGCGUCGACUUUGUCACAGUGGAGCCUGCAGCCUAUAGGACACCCAUCACUUGGAUGUUUCUGGCGUCCAAGGAUCACGUGAUGCGGGAGUUGGGAAAGCAGGAUCCUGAGGUGAUUGCCGACUACAGCCAGGAGGAGAUCGAUGAAUGGCUUAAAGUGUCGGACAAGUGUUCCGGCCCGCUAAUCAGGAAGGAGCCCGAAGAGUGCGUCGAUGUUCUCGAGAAAGCGGUCAGAGAGACGCAGCCGAUGACUCACUACUGGUCCCCUUGGGGAUUUGAUUUGCUAUACCUUUCGGCGAUACUAUCCUUACCCAGUGACGUCGUUGACGCUGCCACAGCAGUCAUCCGAAAAAUCCAUCUGAAGGUUUUGUGAAAGUUGCUUCUCUCAAUGAA